GAGUUGCUAUUGUGAACUGUGCAUUGUAAGUGUGGAAGGUGUGUGAAGCUAUAGUUAAGUUGAUUUUAGAUGGUUUUUAAAAUAUAGUUUUUAUUUUGUAACUGUUCCAUUUGGAAGCCUAUUCUUUAAUUUUUGCGUUAAUUUUAAUUGCAUGAGGUUUCGGGUCAUCCUGAUUCCGCCAAGGUGGAGGGUCGUCCGGUUGUAAGGGGUGUCAGUUGAGCAAGAUGUCUGGAAGAGGCUUCAACUUUCUUGUUGAAAUGUUUCCCGACAUGGACCGGGAAGUGUUGUCGGACAUAUGUGCGAGCAUCAGCAGCGACGAAGAAGUGCACAAGGCGGUGGCCUCGUUGCUGGAGACAGGCAGGGAGGGGGCAACUGGCAGUCGCGACCAUGAGGUGCCUCAAGCACCCGGGCCUCCCCUCGCGGCCAACUCUGCCUCUCACGCCAGGGAAAGAGGUAAGUAUCCACACAUGACCCCUCAGGGAACGCAGAGCAAGGCCUGUGACGCAACGCUGUCGGGGAACGCUCCUCCGACGCCCGGCAGCGUGCAACGCUGGUUUGCCGGUCAAGCUCCGCAUCAAGCCAGAUACUUCCCACAACCGCAGCACUACGCUUCCGUGCCGUAUGAGCAUCAGCCCCCGGUGCCACUGCACUACCUGCAGCCGUUCUACACUUCGCCGUAUCCCCUGUGGCCACCGACCCGUGGGGCACCCUGUCCCUACUUCCUGCCCUCUGACAUCGGCCACGUGUCAGCGCCUUGUUGCCUCGAUAGGCCCGAGCAGGCGGGGUGCACGGGUAAAGGGGACGUGAAGCCAAGCUUGUGGCCUCGGCAAGAGGCACAGGAGGAGAAGGUUCUCAACUCGAUGCCAGACCUGAGGGAAGCGAGCCAGCCACUGCUGGGCCGUGACGGGGAUGGUCCGCCGGAACAAGCACGCGAGUCUGGGAGCAUCGUGCAGCAAGACACGGCGAACAGCUGUCGGUCUUCCGAAACAACCAUUGCAUCUCACUACUUGUCGCUUGUGACAAUACUGCCAGACUCUGACCCAUCCUUCAUACGCAGAAAGUGCGAAGAAAUAAAUGGCAACGUGAGCAAGCUGCAGAAAUUUGUGGUAGAGGCUUUGACGUUAGAUAACUAUGAAAAAAAUUCUUCUGUUUCAGUUUUGCAAGAUAAGUCUAUGGAGAAGUCUCUGCCUGCUGUGUGUGAAGAUGUCUCCAGUGAUGUGUACCCUGCAGAGAGAACCCUGGAAAUUAAUGGAGCAUUUGCAGGCGGUGAAGAUCCAAGAUUACUUGAGAAACUGUGUGUCUCAGCAACAUCAGCAUCUAGUGAUGAAGGCAAUGCAUCGGGCCCAAACUUGGUGCCUGUAGAACAAGAUGUAACACUCGGUUUUCCAGCUGAGGUGGAGGACUGCACUCACCCCUUUGAGGCAUCACUGUCGGAAUCUAGCUUCGACGACUCGAGCUACGUCGAGAUAGUGGAUUGUGACGAUGCUGCCGGGGCUCCAUGCGCAGUCAGCUCCGAGAAUGAGUUUGAGCUAACCCUGGAGAAGCUGGCUGAUGCAUCGAGUGGGAAUGAGUCGUGUCAGCCUCUGGAGCUGGGGUCUGACACGUCCGACUGCUCUGUCUCUGAAGUUGCUCCGGCCCCCGCCCCGGUAGGUCCUGCCUGUGACGAGUCUUCUGUCCUGGAGGUGAGGGGCGGAAGUGGCGAGUUACCCACGGACAGUGUGGUGGAAGUUGUUUGUAGCUCUUGCAAGUCUGCCGAUCAAGAUAUUGCAGGAAGGGAGUGUUCCUCAGAUGAAGCUGCGAUGCCUAGCGACAGAGGUUCUGGUGUCGAUGAGGUCCUGAGCCGUUCUGAAGACUCCGAGGCUCCCGUUCAAACGCACAUGGUCGACAUGCCACUGCCGGAAGCAUCGCGAGAGUUGGACGAUGACUUCCCGCCCGAACUGUUCGAAGUGGACCCAGACACGGCGAACGACUACGAGCUGGCCAAGAUGAUAAGCAAGCAGGACGAUGAGUCGCCCUGGAAAUGCGACCCCUUAGAGGAGAAGAUAAACCUGCUGUUGAACUUCAUGCCGGAUGCAGACCCCAGCUACCUGAAGGACAUCUGCGAGUGGUAUGCCGGGGAUGAAACCCAGCUGCAGGCGGUGGUCCAGGAGAGCCUGGAGUCGAACCGCUACCCCACGUUCGAGGACUACCUGUGCCGGCAGAAGACCCUGGGCCUCAUCAGGGAGACACUGGACCAGCUCACCAUCCCGGGGUUCCUAGAGGGGCACGCCAACCCCUUCGAGUACUUCUACGGCAGCCGGAUCAAGGAGCCGGCCGAGGCGCAGCACGAGCUAGGCUUCCUGCAGCGGCGGUACAGGAGCGUGGAGAACCGGGACCUGCAGGCGGUGCUGGACAAGUGCGACCACAACCUGACCUUGGCGUGCAAGGAGCUAGACUCGUGGAGCGGUGCCGCCAGGCGGCAUGCGCGGGGCGACUGGGAGUGCGAGCUGCCGUCCCACGUCAACAUGUCCUUUGUCCACGAGGUGUUCUUCAUCAUGAACGAGCGUGAGCUGCGGGAGUACCUGGAGCUGGAGGGAUUCCGCAAGACUGUCCUGGACAGGGCGAGGUUCAUCGAGGCCAAGCUGGAGUGCCCCAUCUGCUGUGACGAGGAGCUGGAGAUCGUGGAGAUGGCUGCUUGCGCGGAGGGACACUUGUUCUGCAAGGCCUGCGUCAAGAGGAGUGCAGAGACGCGCAUCGGGGACGGCCUCACCACGUUCCCGUGCCUGGAGGACUCUUGCACCGCGGAGUUCGGCACACGGACCUUGGAGUCGCUGCUGAACCACACGCUCUUCACGAGGAUGGUGCAGCAGCGCUCCCUGCAGGAGGUGGAGUCGGCGCAGAUACAGGACCUGGUGCGCUGCCCCUUCUGCGAGUACGCUGCCAUCCUGCCGCCGGACCUCAGCGUGCUGGUGUGCGAGAACACCGAGUGCCUCAAGGAGACGUGCAGGUACUGCAAGGAGCCCAACCACAUCCCACUGCGCUGCAGUGAGGUGGAGAAGGAAGGGGAGACCAAGAUGCGGACGGAAAUAGAGGAUAGGAUGACCGACGCUGUGAUCAGGAAGUGCAACAGCUGCAGCAAGAAGUUCAUCAAGUCGGACGGCUGCAACAAGAUGGUGUGUCCGUGCGGAGCCAUCAUGUGCUACCUCUGCCGUAAGACAGUGCGUGAUUACACGCACUUCAACGGCAUGGGCGGCAGUGAAUUCCACAAGUGCCCGCUGUUCACCAACGACAGCGUGGUCCACCACGAGGAGGUGAAGACGGCCGCGGCGCGCGCCAAGGCGGAGGUGACGGCCCGCAACCCGGGCCUGGAGCUGAAGAGCGACCCCACCCGGCUUCUGCCGCACGUUUGAGGCCCUUCAGCUGAUCAGUUAGAAACAAGUCUUCAAGAUUGUGCCUUUGUAAUAUUUAGGACUCGUGUGUACAUACAAAAAUGUUGAUACUCGAAGGAGAUUUGUUGUUACAUGAAUGAGAGUGUGAUUACAGUUAGUUUUAAGUACUAUGUGAACAGGAUGCAUUGCAUUUUCAAGUUUACACUUUUUAUUAUGAUGUUAAAUGGCAGAGUGAAAAAUCUUGUCAAUCUUCUGUAUAAUUGAUGAAAAAAACAUGUUUAAUGUUAUGUAUAUACAGUAUGAAUAAGAAAUUGUCACUUCUUUGUAAAAACCAAAAAACUUACCUUUAAAGUACCUAUGUUAAUCAUAACUUUUAGUUCCCAUUGGGUACUCUUAAACUUGAUGUUGAGUCAGACAUAUUUUUUAAUGGAUGAGAAUAAGAGGCUUUAAGUGAUGUGUGUUAUUAUAGUUUAAGGAAUACAAAUGCUCUGCUAUUUGGUAAUUCCAAUAACUUUCCAAAGGUACUUCAGUGACAGGUUGGAUUUUAGAUUUAAUCAUUAUAUUUGCUAUUUGAUGCAUUGUAUCAUUCACAGUUGUAAACUAUUUGUAAUAUUAAACAUUUCUUAUUAAAAAGUAUAUAAUUAAUUCA